AUGAGCGCGCCGCCUCCACCUCCGCCGCAUGGCGAGGUGCCCAAGUCGGGUCUGCCUCCCGGCAAUUACGACAUAUUCGUCAUUCCCCAACAUUCGUCAGGCUCCGGCUUUCUGUACCUGCCAUCGCUGCAGCCGAAUGUCAAUAGCUUCGUGGCGGGCUUUGCCUCUGCGCUAAUAUGCGUUGCCUUGUUCCAAUCCGUGGCACCGGCUGUGAAGCUAUGGCUCAAUGGCUCUGGCGUGGGAGGCGAUAAAGGACCCGGCUCAGGCACCUCAGGAGGAUUCAGUAAUGGACAUGGGCCACACGGCGCAAAUGGCGGACACGGUGGCUUCGGAGGCCCAAACUCGGGAGGGCGAGCAGACCCCAAUGCGCCGCCUCCUCCGCCUCCUCACGGCCGUUCCGCUGACGGUGCACCUCCUCCUCCACGCCAUGACCGAUCCCAAGGAACCUGGAAGAAUGCGAAUGCUCACCCCGAAGAGGCACCACGGCCGUCCAAGCAUGAACCUGAGCCGGCCUCUUCGCCUUCUCACCGCUCACCGUCUCAAAGAGACGCACCACCUCCAACCCCCAAGUCACCACUAGACACGGAGAAGCAACGUCAACGCCAGCCUCCGCCAUCGGAGGAAAAGCCCGCUCCUGAGGUAGAGAAACCAAAGAAGAAGAAGAAGAAGGCACCAGCUGCAGAAGAGAAGAACCCGGCCCCAGAGCCUGAAAAGAUACCACUGAAAUCUGAGCUGAAGCAGCCCGGUUUUGAAAAGAUGCCUCCAGUGUUCGGGAGAAACUCCCCGGAACUUGAGAGAAAACGAACUUCUUCACCAGAAAAGAAAUACGCUCCUCCAGUCGAAUCAAAACCUCCCAUUUCACCUGAAAGGAAAAAGAGUGUGCCUGAACUAGCAAAGAUACCUGACUUCGAAAAGAGGCCUGCUCCUGUUUUAGAGAAGAUGACGACAAUGCCCAAGGCAGCAUCCAAGCUGCCACGCAUGCCGGACCUAGCACCAAUCCCUCCAUUUCGACCAGACCCCCAACCGGAGAAGCGAACAAUUCCCAAGCCAGACCCUCCCGCAUCUACUGAGACUAAGCAACAGCCACCCCCUCCCGAGCCCAAGCCCGAGCAGAAUCCUCCUCCUCAGCCGGACAUGAAGACUGAGAAGGCCGAGACGCCAAAAGGAACUUGGGAGAAGGCACGUGAAGAAAUGAGGAAGAAGGAAGAAGACAGGAGACUCAAGGAAGCAGAACAAAAGCGUCGCGAAACAGCUGCCAAAAAGCUGCUUGAACUGCGUGCCAAGGAUGCAAAGGAGCGGCAGGAGCGUGAGAAGGAGAAGCUUCAAAGGGAGGCAGAACAGCAGGCAAAAGAGGAGGCCGAGAGGAAUGAGGCUGAGAGGAGGCGCAAACAAGAAGAACUGGAAUUGGCCAGGCAACGGGAGAGGGAAGCCAGGGAAAGAGAAGCAAUGGAGAAAGAAUCCAAGAUAUUGGAAGCCAGGGAAAGGGAGGCGAGAGAGCGGGAGGCAAGAGAAAGGGAGGCGAGGGAAAGGGAAGAGCAACGAAGGAGAGAAGCCGAAGCCAAAGCAGCGGCUGAAAAGAGAGCUGCAGCUGAGGCCAAGGCGGCUGCGGAGGCCAAAGCUGCAACAGAGGCCAAGAUUAUUGCUGAUGCUAGGGCCGCAGUCGAGGCGAGAGCUGCGGCUGAGGCCAAAGCCGCCGCAGAGGCCAAGGCAGCUGCCGAAGCCAAGGCGGCCAUGCCCGACUUUCGAGCAAGCCGAGUCGGCAGCACGAUGUAUGCAUACUCCAGCGUUGGCGAGAAGACAGCCAUGUGGCCCAACGGCCGGCCUCCUGCCCCUCCCCCUCCUCCAUCAACAACAGCCCCUUCUGUGGUCUCUUCAGCAACAUCUAAGAUGUCUGACGAAAGCGACCGGACAGAACGGACAGAGAGAUCUGAGAGAUACGAAAGAUUCGACAGAGGCGAGAGCCCCACAAAACGGGCACCUCCCGCUGCCGCUCCGUCUGAGGCUCCCUCAUCCUCUUCGAGGAGAUCAGACCCCUCAGCGAGACGAUCAAUGCCUCCUCCAAAGUCAUAUGUUAGUAGUAACAGCAGUUAUGUAGAUUCGGAGACGUACUCUUACAGGCCAUACGACCAACCGAGCAAGCCACAGCAGCAGCAGCAGCAGCAGCAUCACCAUCAUCAACCACCACCAUACGACCAGACACCGCCUAACAAGCCGAGACAUAGGAAGUCGACAUCAUCUCUCACAGGAUCCGACGCAUCGUGGGCGGCCUCUCAGACAACAGCACGAACAACGCCACCGCCCUCGAUACGAUCUCCCUACUCGACUAAUGAUCCUGACAAGGUUGUGAUCCAAUCUGUAUACCUCUUCAUGAACCAGUUCACCAAGACACCGUCCAGUCAGCUCAUAUCGGGAGUUGGCACGGUGACGGAUGGCCUGGUGCUUCGAAUCACAACCGAGGGACUCUUUAUUGACGACGAUGUUCGCGGAGUCCCCCAGCGCGAGUGGGACGUCAAGGCCUGGACACUCAAACUUGUCGAGGUGUGGUGCCUGCCGCAUUGCUUGACUGCACCCCCGCCGCCAGCGGGAUCUACCACUAGCAGAAGCUCUGGUUUCUUUCACAAAGUGGCUGGCAAAAGCCGCCCAGAUCGGGAUGGCCCUGCCGCUUUCACUGGUGAUGAAGCUGAUCUGUACCUGUCAGAGAUGCUUCACGCUUGUAGAGAGUGCUGCCGUCUUGGCCUCUGCGACCGUACGUUCAAGAACACCAACAUUCCAUCGACGACGGGACAGGCUGGGGAAUGGAAAUCCAAGGGCCUGCAUGUCCUUCGGGCGACACUUCGCGACCAAGAAGCCAAAAGCUACCUCUUUAUUGUUGAGGAAACUGAGGGCUGGAAACUGGCCGUCGGACUGCAACGCCUGAGGCGCGGCACCCAAUCCCGACAACUGGGGGUGGCUACUCUACCGCCUUCCGAAGCUCGUGGCAUGCUGGAAACAUUGGGCUGGGUUGCCUAA